GUUAUUAUUUUUGGGCAUUUUGUGACCAAAAAAGUGGAAAUUAGUUGAUUUUCGGUGAUUUACCAUCAAUUGGCACACAAGAAGUGAUCGCAACAGACAAUGGACGACAGCAACGAAGCCGAAGCCCCUGUUGAGCAACAAAGCGAUGACUUAGUGAUCGCCGAAGCGGUGGAAGUGAUGCUAACGAUGUAUUCGUGUCGGUUCUGCGCCAAGAGAUUUGAUACCAUCGACAAAGUGAAGACACAUUUCCUUAAGAGACACAGCAAUACUUUGGAUAAGAGUGGAAAGAAAGACGAUUCCAAUGAUGAACAGUCGGAAGGUCUUCAGAAUGACUCAAAUGUGGAGCAAAUGAAUGCACAA